CGCUGCGAUUAUAUUCUUUGUGUAAUUAAUGUAGUACUAAUGAAGUCGUCGCCAAAUUGGGACUUGGAUAGGUCAUGCGCACUAGGACACAGGAAGUUUUGUAGUGAAUUUAUAAUAAGAAGGGGGGGCGGUGCUGCAACUAAACAAAAAGAAAAUGAAGAGGUUACCAGCCACACAUUUUCGGACUGCCUGCUUGUUUAGCUUGGGGCGAAUAACAAUUUGAGACAAAAAUCGGUUGCACUUCGUUUAAUCGUUCAAGAGAAUAUCAGCGAGGGAAGCUUAUUUAUUUAUUAUAGCUCGCGUCACCGCAAUUUACGAAACUUCCUGGUUUGGAUUCCCGAACGUGAACAAUCGAGUAAAUUGGAGGGCCACUGGAGUAAGAUAAGAAGAUGAUUUUACUUGGGUUUAGCUGAACCUUGGAGAAAACUUUUUAAAGCCAGCUGGUAAGCCAGAUUGUGGCGUUCGUGGCGCUACGUCCAGUUUCCGUUCAAUUCCGACCGUGAAUUUAUGCGUAGGCGACGUAUUCGUUUGACCGUUUGCAAUUUGACUAACGGCGUUAGAAAGGACUUGAUACGCGCUCAUAAAUCACGACGUUUGUGAAUGCGAUACGUGCGGAGCGUCACGUGACCAAACCCGGAACACAUGUCAACGGACUUCCUACGUAUGCAAGGCUGCAUAUAUUUCACUGAAGUCAUCACAUAGUCUGCUUUCCUUGCAAUGCCAUCUGGAUGUGUAGACAAUCAAGGAAAAGCCUAUCCUGCAUGCCAGCAGCAUAGCAGUCCCCACCCCCCUAUUUCAACUCAGAACAAUCAGGACAUCUUUGAUUCAAUGAUCAGCUCUGAAAAUGGAAUGCAAAACCACAAUGAAGCAAAUCAAUAUUCUGGGAAGCCUAUCGUAGACCAUCCAUUUCGCUCUCAAAAUCCUGGAACCCACAGUCAACAGGAGAAGGCUGCAAGCGAUGAAAACAUGGAACUCGUUCUCACCCACAGAUCUCAUGGACUACAAAUACCCUCCCAGAUCACUGCAGGUUUCAAAUCGCUCUUCAAGGCCACAUCUUCGUCGGAGAAGUUGCGUGCCAAUUCUAAUCCUAAUCCCCAUUUGUCCAAUGCACAAUGCCAUUUAGCUUUGCCAAUGAGUAGUUCACCAACUACUUUGAAUUUUGGACAAAACAAAGCACAAAACCUAGACUGCGCAGGCGGCGCUCAUUCAGCUGUUUGUGGGCAACAGGUGUCUUCUCGUCAGGCAUCAACAUGUAGGGUUUUGCCAACUGGAGAAAUGGAACCACCAACAGAUGAUCAAAUACAAACCCUGAUUGCAGACAGGCUCGCAUACUUUAGGACUCAAAAGAACAUUCUUUAUGGCUCUACAACUAUCCACAAGGGUCCGUCCUUUUGGACAAAUAACAGAGACCCCUGUUCCAAUCAAAUCGUUGCUGAGCAGUUCACUGCUGCCGCUGGAAAAGCCAAAUGCUUGAAUGGGAACACAGGAAAGGCUGAUGGGAUACGUCCCAAAUCCAAAGAUGAUUUCACUGAUUCAGCAUCAGAAAAUCUUUCAUCAGAAUAUCGGCAAAUUAUGAUGGACGUUGCUACCACUUGCUCAAAGCAUCAAGGAGGAACCGACCAAAACGACUCAUCAAAAAUUAAUAAUAAGCCUGUUUGCGUCGGUGUGAGCAGUAAACCAGAACUUUUCCAAGUUGCACAUACCAAGUCAAAUUGUAUUGACACUGUUGCGUCAAAUAAUGAAGUAAAACAUUUUCAUGGUACUGCAGAUUAUGCAGCACCAAAUUUGAAGACAUUACAGGAGAAAGCAUUGAGCCCUGUACCUAAAGAUAAGAAGGAGGAACUGUCCCUUGCGCAAUUUUUAAAGGAUCCACGAUAUGAAGACAUUUCAGAUGAUGACAGAGAUUUAAAAGAGCCAGCAGUAUUUACUUUAAGAGAGCAAAAGAACAGGUUCCAAGCAUAUUUAGAAAAUCCUCAGUAUGAAGACAUAAGUGACGAUGAAACCAGUCCUCCAACAUUGGAGCUUCCUCCGCCAACUGAACCCAAGAGAAAGCUGUCACUGUUGAAAAAUAAAGUCUGCAGACAAGAUUUAACUGAAGUACAGACAGAAAUAAUUUCAGAUGAGGAGGAAGAUCCGUCAAAAGAGAGUAAAGAGCGAGGUGGACCAGUGACAGCUUCAGAAUCAUCAUCGGGCCUUGCUGCUUCAUGUUUCGAGGCUUAUGACUCAUCUAAAAUAAAUCUUCAGGAGCAUUUUGAAGCGGAUUUGGGUUUAACGCAAACAACGGAGUGGGAUAUGGCUGACAAGCAGCAAUACACAUUUCAAAAAGAGAGAUUGCUGGACAAUGAGAUUGAAGACAGCUGCGAUACCGAAGACAGUUGCGAUUACCCGACUGGGUCGGCGCACAACUAUUUGACCGUGUCCGAACGUUUGCUGAAGUGUUCAGCGCCACCGUAUUCCGAGGAUGACGAUUCUGAAAGUGGAGAUCGGCGUUGGCCCAAAAGCAGCAAACCAAAAAAGGUGGGGCGUAUGCAAAAAUGUGCUAACUUUAUGAACGUCCAACCCAAAGCCAACCGUCUAACUGAUGAUUUAGUGGUUUCCAAUAAAGUACAAAUACUUGCUUCGUCAGAGGAUGAAAAUUAUGUUGAACUGAAUAAUGAGAAGAUUGAUACCAACAAGCCAGUUACCGUAGGAAGUAUCAUAAUCCUGGACUCUGACACGGAGGAAAAAGAACAACACUGUAAAGCAUCAAAACGGAAAAGAUUCUCUCAUGGGUCCACUGGACAGUGUUAAUGACAUUUUUGUCCACCUUAAAUCGGGAUCAGCAUCUUCACCAUCAUCAUCUGCAACUGGAAUGAGACUGAAAGCCUCACUAAAAAGUGGGCAAAAGUACUUGGGUACUCUCUAAGUCUUUUAAUGCAUAGAAUGCAAGUUUUAUUUCAUGGUAACUUCCAGUGGAUAUGUUUCUGUUUGUCCUCUUGUCAGAAUAAGUGUCAAGUAAAACACCGUUAGUCCUUUGAUGUUGGCUGUUGAACGGCCGUCCAUCCAACCAACCAUGCAUGCAAUUAGCAUCAACAAAAAAAAGCUUUCAAAAGCUUUAAUUCAGUUUUGCCUGGUCAAAAGAACAUUUCAGAUAUCCAUUAAUAUUCUUCCUAUCCACAAUUAGCUUAUCAGACAUCUGCAAAAUCGCAAUAUUCUCUAUAAUUUUGUAAGUUAAAAUGUGAAUAUCACAUUUGAAAAAGCAUAUACAGUAUAUAUAGGCCUUACUGAGUCCGAAAAAAUUAAACAUCAUAGAAUACAGUUUUGUGUACAUUUUCUGAUUAUCGACUGCACUAUCUUGAACAGAUGUCAUUAAAUAAAUCACUCCGUAGACAAAAAUACAUUUGCAGAAGGGCUUUGUAUUGAUCUCCAAUAGUCAAGCAACUAAAUACAUUUACAACGAGAGGGUGUAAAUAUAUAAAAGAGUACCAGUGUAUGAAGUCAAAAUGAGAAACUGACAUAAUUGUGAAUGGAACAAUUGUGGUUCAGACACAGAUCAGAAGUUGUGUCUCCACGGUGACACUUUCCACAGGUUCUUUUUAAAUGUUGGGUCCUCUGUCAUUAGCCUAUCAGGAAGGUUAAGAAGCUCCAAUUCUAGGAUGGGGGGAAAAGUCCAAAAGCCAGUAUCUGUGAUGGGAUGGUGUAGGUUAGUGCCCAUGGCAUGGGUAAGUUGCACAUCUGUGAAGGCACCAUGAAUGCUGAAAGGUACAUACAGGUUUUGGAGGGAGCAACAUAUGCUGCCAUCCAAGCAAUGUUGUUAUUGGGACGUCCUUGCUGUAUUUCAUCAAGACAAUGACAAUCCACAUUCUAUGUUGGACAGGUUAUAGGUUAAGUAAUAGUGGAAAAACGUUUUAAAAUGAUCGAUCAUGUUCUCAUUUUUGUAUACAGUAAACCCCCACUAUAUUGCGGUUCACGCUUUACGGUGAUUUUUAUUAUUGAGGAAUUCCUUUUUAUUUUAUUUUAUUUUUUUUACUUACUUAAUCUUUUUUUUUCUGUUUUCAACCACUUAAGGCAAUUGACAGUACACGUAGUCUCUCUGGGAUGCAAACACCUUAUUUUUUGUACUGUAUCUGUACCCUUCCUCCCUUUUUCUAUCCAUUGCGCUUGGAUUCUCUCAAUAUAUUUUGUGUUUAAAUGUGUGUGUAUUGUUUUAAAAGUGUGUUUGAAGACCCUAAAAAAAUUUCAGGUUAAAAAAAAAAAAAUCAUAUUUCUAUAGGUAUUUCUACAUUGCGAAUUUUUUAACUAUCGUGGGCGGGUCUGGAACGUAACCCGCACGACGAAAACCUGACAUUUGAACAGAGGUGUUUAGACUUAAUAUCUAGUAUACCUUCCAUUCACCUCCUUUGUUAAGUUGUUUUACAGUGUUGAUUGUUAACAGAAAUGAAUACACAAGUUAAAUAUAGACUACUGUUUUUUUUUUAAUAGAACGAAUAUUCUUGGCGAUGGGUGCCCUUUUUUGGCUUGACGACCUACCUCUCAUGUCUGUACAUAUGCCUGUGCAAAUGAUUGAUGGACUAUUCGGUCACGUCUCCUAUCACUACACUCUCUGAUUGGCUAUUCAUGUCCUGCUGUGGUAUUCACUGGCAACCAGUCUAAUCAGCUGGGAUGGGUUCCAGCUCCCUGUGACCCUGAAUGGGAUAACUGGUAAGGAAAAUUGAUGAAAAUUACCUACAUUUUUUUGUUUUUUUGUUAUGAUGAUGAUAAUGAUGAUUCCCGCGACCCUCGUGAGGAUAAGCGGCUCAGAAAAUGGGUGGGUGAUGAUGAUGAUAUAGUUGCUAUUGAAUCUACAGCGAAAGUGUGGUACUACCACAUUUUGAGAAUCACUUAAUAGCAUUGUUAUUAUUAUUAUUUUGUUUUAAUCCAGUAAAUUUUUUAGUACAAUUCAGUUGUAUUUAACUUUUAAGUACAAUACAAUGUGAAUUAUGUUUUGAUUGAAUGAUUACAUUGUUUUCCCCCCCUGUGCACAAUGUAACACUGGGUUACAAUCAUAUGAGAUAUAUGUUUUUGGGACUAAAACUGCUGCCUCAUUUUGGAUGAACACCUGGGCCCAUAAUGCUACUGUAUUUUAAUGUUGGUCAUAAUGGUGGCGCUUGGAGAGCCAAGUAUUUUUUUCUUUUGUAUUGUUUUUUUUAGGCGGCAGCUGGUGUA